AUGAUUAUGAACCCCAGCGGUUUAACCGUGCCUUUCGCGAUUUUGUGUAUUGUCGACUUGUUCGGUGUGUAUCCCAUAGUCGUAUUGCCCGGACCCAUUAUCAAAUGCGGUAAGCUCCAAUAUGGAAUAAUAUGUCAUAAAUAAUAUCGAUGUGAUUUACUUAUACCUUUAUACGAUUUGAUUAUGUGAAGUAAUAGUAAUAGUUCAGGGCCGUAUUUAACGGAGGGUUUUAAGAAUUUUGCCCCGGGCAGCAGAUGUUUGGGGGGCAUUUAGAUGGUGGAAUACUGUAUGAAAAAUUUUAAACGUUUUGACCAUUAGAUUAAGAAAUUUAUGAAGAAAAAAAUAUCAACUUUUAAAAAUAAAGAUUGAUUUGUGUUAAUAUGAUUUGGGCUAUAAAUUAAUACGUCAAGAUUUCACGUGACAACUUAAUAGCAAUGGGGCCUUCAGUGAACACAAACUAUUUUAGUAUGUAGGUAUAAACGUUACAGUGGUCUGCAAAUAUGAAAAACCGAUAAAAACGUAGGAAAAUCGGGAAAAUCGGUACAAUAUUAAACAAAUAUUAUUAAAGAAAAUAUAUAAUGCCUAUUUAAUUAUUUUAUUAUAAUAUGUAUAUACUGUUGAGAAAUCAUCACUAUCAACUGAACUUCGCUCAGAAUCGUUUUAGUAAGAAAUGGUUUAUCGUUUGCUUAUAGAUACAAAUUAAUUUCCUCUCAUAUUCUACCUUUCCAAUUUCUCACCAACAACAGUGGCUGCAUCCAUGUGCGAAGUAUGUCCGUCUUUUUUGUUUUGAAAUAAUUAAUGUAACAGUGUAAAGAUUUGAUUUCAAAAUUGUAAUAAAUAAAAUGUUAUGGGAUUAAUAUACUUAUUUUUACUCUUAAAAUUAUGAAGGUUUAAUAAAAUUAUUAUAAUAUUGCUAUAUUUAAAUCAAUAUUGAAUUUGUAAUACUAGAACAGCAGUAUUUUAAACUAGAAAUUUGCCCCUAGACGACCCUGACAGUAAUAUUAAUAUUAUAAUUAUUUUUGUUGCAAUAUCUAUGGUGUGCCGUUGCUGCUGUCGUGUCGUAGGAUGGUUCGGAAUACCAUUGGCCGUUAUGGUGUUUGCAGUUCAAAUGUACACGGCCAUUUUGUUGGGAAAGUGUUGGAUAAUAGCCGAAGAAAUCGACCCGAGUAUCGAUAAAAAGAACCGGUAAUAAUAACAACUAUAUACGUAAUACGUCAUUAUUAGAAUGUGACAAAAAUGUGCAUCAUCAAUGCCAUUAUUAGCGUAUUCUAUAAGAAUUAUUCUUCCAUGAGGUAUCCGUAUGCCGCUUUAGCCGAGCUUAUUUUCGGGAACAAAGUCAAACGCAUCGUCACCGUCAUGUUGGACAUCGCCGUAUUCGGUGCGUGUAUUCCAAACCUUUUAAUCGGUAAGUAAUACACACGUUAUUAUUUUUCGAAAACAGUAUAUUGAUGACGACGUCCAUGAAGUUGGCCCCACGACUUUAUUACAGGAACUCCAAAACUGUGUCGAUAUUUAACAACUUUUACCAACCAACAUUGAAAAUUGUUUGAAAAUAUCUAAAUAUUGACACAGUUAUGGUUUCCCUAGCUAUGACGAAGUCGGGGGACUAAUUUCACGGACGUUUACUGAUGACGUCCUACCGGCUAUACUAAUGUAAUACUAUUACAAUCGUAAUGUCUUUCCGAAGCGUCUUACAAUUUUCACGUACUUGGAUUAAAACUGUCGGCUGACAGUUUUGACGUGUCGCCAUGCGUGUGGUUGAUUGUCGUGGGAAUCGUAUUGUGUCCACUUCUUUGGCUCGGCAGUCCGAAGGAUAUGAAGUACGUACAAAAUAUUUAAGGCUCGAUGAAAUAAUAGUUAAUCAUUUUUACUGAAAACUAUAUAGAGUUUAGAGGAUUAAACAGUUUUAACGUGCACGUUGAGAUUAAGACUUCUUUAAGACGGUGAGAUUCCGGUAUGGAAAGAGGAGAAAAAUCCACCUAGCUCUUAAAAAAUAACGGGUUCGAAAAUAAAAAAUAUAUAAAAGUCUUAGAUGAUAGAGCGAAAACUAUGUAGAUCAGCAGUAAGCCUUAUAAGGUCUUUGAAGCUGAAUAUUUAAAAAUUAGAUAGAUUUAUUUAUUAGGUGGUUUUUAAAUAAUAAUCUAUGUAAUUAAUACUAUACUGAACGACAAUAAGUUUCAUUAGUUAGAAAAUCGUUUUUGAUAUUCUCAUGUUGGUUAAUUGUCUGUUUUUAAUAAAUUAUAGCGUUUAACGAGUAGUAAAUAGAUUCGCCCAAUUGAAUUAUAACUCGUUUUAAAAUUAAAGUGUUAAUUCACGUCUACUUAAUUUGUGAAACUUAAUUUAAACUAACAGUGCAUAUUAUUAUAACCGUGAUAUCUUAUGCGUCACUUAGGUAUUCAAUGAAGUACCUACUUCUAGAUUUUGAGCUGAGUUUAUUUUAUUUAUUUUUUUUUCGGUGGACAUCUUUUCUAUCAGUAAUUUUGCUUCAAUUUUCAAAUAAACCUUUUUUUUUUUUUGAUUUCAAAUUUAACUGGAGUGGUCCUUUAGGGAUAUCAUUUUUUGAUUUUCCAAGGAGUUUUUUUAUAAAUGGGAAAAGAUGGAAAAAAAAUAGAAAAAUGUUCCGAAUGCAACGGUUACAGUUAUACAUUAAAUUUCCCCUCUACCUUCCCAACUUUUUAUCUACAACAGUGGUCCACCAGUCGUGCGAAGUAUGCCCGUCUUUGUUUUAUAAUAGAACCACGAUUGUGGGAAUAAUUCUAACUUUUAUUUUCAAUCAGCUUUCACAUUAGUUUCCAAUUAAAACGCAGAGUUAUUUAUUUAUACAUUUUACUGAAACUUAAAUAUAAAUGCAUUGUUUAAUUUGCAUAUACAAAUUUCAGUAAAUACUAUUUUCAAUUUAUGUUACUAUUUGUUUAUCUGGAUGUUAAUUAUAAAUUAGAUGUUAAUAAAUUAACCAUUUAACCCAGUUGACUAUAUCCGAAAUGUUUUUUUUUCAAUUAAAAUAAUGCAAAUAGUUGGCUGUUCAUUAUGCAUGUUAUGUAACAAUAUUAUGUCAAUUAAAAACAUAUUGGUAUUUAACAACACUCGUAGUGUUUAAAAAUAAUUAUAUCAGUUGACGUGCAGAUAAAUUUGUCUGCUUCUUUGUAAUUAGCUUCUAUUAUAAGCAGUAUAAUAUAAACACUAUUGUUUAACUGUUGGUUGACAAAAGACACGACAUCUUUUUAUCUUUAUAUAACUAACAAAUCAUGACAAUAAUUAUCGGCCCCAUCGUUUCACAAUAAGAGUAAUUAUACUGUAGACUCAUUCAAUGAUUGAAAUCAGCAAACGAUUAAGUAAUUCACAUUUUAUUUAUUAUUAUGUUUUCGUAUGUUUUAGUGUGGGCAAUAGAUACAAUUUAAAAAAAAAGUAUUUAAUAAUACUCAUGCGUAAGUUACUGAUACUAUAGGCUACUAUUUGUGGGUAGCUGGGAAGGUAUUGGGAACUGUAUAAUAUACAAUUCCCAAUAUAGUGUGUAUCUUAAUAAUCUGUAAUAUAAGAUACACACUAUACAGAGUAAUUUAGUUUGUAUAUUGUAUGUAAUGAUGAAUUAUUGCAAACGAAAAAGUUACAAACACUUCUAAGAAGUGUAGUAUAAGUCGUAUUUUUCGCUUGUAACCAAAGGAACCAAGAAUUCAACAAACAUGGAACAAUAAAUAAAAGGCUCCGGGAGAUGAAAUGUUGAAAAUGUUAUAUAUUUCAAAUUAAAUACCACCGAACAGAUAUUACGCAUCUUUUAAAAUAUUAUGACGUGAAGAAGAUUGAAGCAUUUUUUACUAUCUGAAAUAGUGUUUUCUAAGAAAAAACCACUUAUUAUAAUAAAACUAGGGAUAAAAUACUAACGAAAUACUAAUUAAGAAAACUAAGAAAAUAAGUUUUUUGUUACUCUUCUAAUAAAAUAAAUAAGUGAAAAAACUAUAUUACAAAAUACCCGAAAAUUGAAUGUAGAGUGUAGUGGUAAUUAUAUAAUAAUGCACGUAAUGUUAUAAUAUUACAAAGUACAUAAUAAAAUUACGGAUAAUCAUUUUAUAGAUGGAUUGCUUUGAGCUCUGUGUUUUCCGUGUGCUUCGUGAGUGUGUUAACGUGGAUAGCAAUGAUGGAUACACAACGUGAAGAGUAUCAGACCAUUGGUGGACCGUCGUGGAAUAGUGUGGCACUCGCGUACGGGAUAUUAGCUUUCCAGGUUCGGAUUCUAUAAUACACAAAUUAUUCAAUGCGAAACCAGUACUAAGUAUUCCGGAGUUUAUUUUUUAGAAUAUUUAAGAAACGAGCUACAUUACAAUUUUAUAUUUAUGUUAUUUUUCGUCAACCUAAUUUUGGGGGGUAAAACCACUACCUACUUUUGAUUUUCAAAUGGCAAUAUAUGUUAAAAAUUCCAUAAAUAGAUAGAGUAUUAUUAAGUAAAAUAAAUUUUUGUGUUGAAAUUUUUGAUUUCCGUCGAACUGCAGCGCGCGGCAUGUUAACAAUGCACUACUACUCUCCUCCAACCUAAAAUUAAAAGUGGUAUAUCUCGUCAACAGAAAUCAAAAAUGUCAACACUAAAAUUUAUUUAUGGAAUAUAGGUUUCCAUUUGAAAUCAAGAGUACGUAGUUAUUUUACAAAAAAUAAGCCCCUAAAAAUAAGAAUGACAAAAAAUAACACAGAUAUAAAAUUAUGGAACAGCAUGUUUCUUAAAUGUUUUAGAAAACAAAUUCUGGUAAAAGUUAAUAUUUUCCAAGAUAAUGACUGUACCUACUUAAAUGAAUCACCCGAUAUAAAAAAAAAAAAAAAAACAAUUACUUAUCUCGAUAAUACGCAGGAAAUGUAAUUCACGCAUAUUGUAGUUUGAUGUCCAUCCGCUAGUUCUCACCGUACAAAUGGACAUGGUCGACAAACGAAAAUUGCCCCUUGUGAUCGUUUGGGCAUUUUCCAGUAAGACAUAACUAUUGCUUUGUAUUGGUUUUUAUACAAAAUAUGUUUUUGCUCCCAGAGAAGAAGGGGAAAAAGUAGAUUUUGUAUAAUUUUCAAUACAACAUGUGUUAAAAUAUACAUAUUAUACUUUUGCGAUUUAGAAGAAAACAAUUAUUAAUAGGCCAAUAGUUGACUUAAACCCUUCUUCCCUGGGACCGAAGAUAUAUAAAAUUGAUUUUAUCGACCUAAGAUAUGUCCAUAUUAUAUAAAAUUAUAGUAACGUGCAGCUUAUUUUUAAUCACGACCACCAUUGGCUACGUGAGAUUCGGAUCGGUACUGAGCACUAACUUAUUGGACGAGUUGUCGGACAGUAGAUUUUUAAACGUCGACAUAACCCUGGUCACAAUUCAGAUAUGUUUGUCGACGGUUGUCAGCACGACCGCGCUGUUUCAGCACAUCGAACAUUUUCUUCGAAUACCGAGAGGUAGGUCCAAGAACACGAAGUGGAUGUACACCGUUUUUAUUUGCGUUUAAGUACACCUAAUAAUAUUCAGUGAUUGGCAAAUUCAUUUUAUACAGGAAUUCGUUUUUGUUCGCAUUCUUGAGCUGAAAAAAAUAAUGCAUUCCCAUUCACUGUUCCUUAUAUUUCAUAAUGAUGCAUUCUAUUUGUUCGCAAUAAUAUUGUAAAUAAAAAUACCUACAGAUCGGUAUAUUGUUCCUGUAAAAAGUAAAAAGUAUUUUGAUAUAUUUUUUUUCUUUAAAAUUCUAUCAUUUCCAUUCACAUUCCGGUGUAAAAUCAAUCGAUUCGCGUUCACCAUUAUCCUUAAAAAUAAAAGUAAAUGCAUUUAAGAACGUACUUAUCCAAAAUGAAAAUCCAAAUUCAACAAAUGGAUUCCUAUGAAUGCGUUUUUUCCAAACACUGUUAAUAUAUAUAUUAAUUAUUAUAUUACUAGCUACUGUUUAGACAUUUUUUAAAUAUUUUUUCCAUAUCUUCCUCCGUCUAGAAUUCAACUGGAAGAGGUGCGUGCUGAGAUCAUCCGUCGUGAUGGUGGCCGUGGCCAUUGGCGAGGCCGUGCCCAGGUUCGACCUGUUGAUGGGCUUGGUCGGGGCCCUGUUGACCGGGCCGCUGAUGUUCCUCUUGCCGCCACUGUUUUACGUUAAAAUACGAUCGCUCCGCCGGCUGAAAAUCAAAACGUCCGACAGGGUGUGUUACCGGACGUUCCCGGAUGCUGCUGUCGUACCGAUACCGGUGGUCGGCUUCAAGCGUUUAACGUUGUUGGCGUUUAUAGUGUUGACCGGAACGUUGGCGACCGUAUUGUCGACGGUAUCGUCGGUCCGAGACACGAUUAUCUAUGCGCAGUUCACGCCUUCGUGUAUAAUGCAAUUACUAUACGAUUAA